GUGUUGAGGGUCGAAAUUCACUUUCACAAAGAUUCUUUGAUCAAAUAUCCAUCUAUAAUCUAAAUGAAAAGCAGAGCCCUGAGCCCCUGGAAAUCCCCAAGAGGACGGUCCUAAUAUAUAUAUCACUGAAACACAAAUACUUCUCUGCUGUUGUUUCAGUUUUUAAUGAUGGGAGGAGGAGCUGUUCAUUUUUGUUUUUCGUGAGCUUGUAUGCAUAUUCAUUCCGUCCCAAAACAGAGGAAAUAAUGUGCACACAAGAUUCCUUCAGAGCUGAACUCUCAGCCUGACCAUCACAUCAAACACACGUCUUCACAACAAGUUUAUCUGAACAUUUUCUUCAGGUAUAAUGGCGGGUGCGACUGAUUCAUCUGAUCUCAGGAUUUCGUUGUUGGGGAAGAACGGAGCUGAAAUAAGUUCUGUAGGAAACAUGAUUCUGGGCAGAGAAGCGUUUAAAGAGAAGAGCAGAGUGAGUGAAGUACAGAGAGGAAGAGCAGACGACAGAAACAUCUCAGUUAUUGACACGCCAGGAUUCUUCAGCACUGAACUGACUGAUGAAGAUCUACAGAAUGAAAUGAUGAAGAGUCUUUCUCUCUCUCAUCCUGGUCCUCAUGUCUUCCUGCUCAUAGUCAAUCCGGACACGUUUACAGAGGAUGAUGUGACAAAGAUCAUACAGAACCUUGAGAAAAACUUUGGAGUACAAGUGUUUAGGUUCACUCGAGUGCUUUUUAUCAAAGAACAAAUGUCAAACAGAGACUGGAUAGCGUUUUCACUCACUAAGAAAUUUAAGGAACUCAUCAGCCAUUUUAAAAGUAAAUAUUAUGUGAUAAACAGUGAAAGUGAAACAAUAACAAGACUUCUGGAAAAGAUGAAUGACAUGGUCAAACAGAACGACAACCAGCAUUACAUCAUUGACAAUUACGUAAAGUUUAUACCACAGAAAAAACAAGAGCAGAAGGAGAAAGUUCAGAUGCAAACAGACCGCAAACUCCCGCUGACACCACCGGUAACAUCUCCUGUGACCAGACCGCAUGAACAUCAACCUCAGCCAAGACCUCGAGACCGCAAACUCCCGCUGACGCCACCGGUAACAUCACCUGUGCAUGAAAAGCAUGAAAAUAAAGCCUUUGGUGUAAUUCAUCAACCUCACACAAGACCUCAAGAUCUCAGGAUGGUUAUGUUCGGUACGUCUGGAAAUGGAAAGAGUGCAUCAGGGAACACCAUCCUGGGAAGAGAUCUGUUUAAAGUAGAAAUGUGUUGUGGAUCUGUCACCACGCUGUCUGAAACACAUCAGAACACAGUAGAUGGAAGAAACAUCUCAGUGACCGACAAUCCGGGACUGUUUGACACAUCGAUGACUACAGAGCAUCUGAACUCUGAGAUUGUGAAUUGUCUUUACAAGUCUGCUCCUGGUCCUCAUGUGUUUCUGCUGAUCAUCAGACUGGAUGUGAAAUACACAGAGGAGUUGAAGGACAUGGUGAAAUGGAUCCAGGAGGUGUUUUCAGAAGACGCGAUGAACUACACUAUGGUUCUGUUCACUCGAGGAGAUCAGCUGGACGAACCCAUCCAAGACUUCCUGAAGAGAAACAAACAGCUGAAAGAUCUGGUGGAUCAGUGUAAAGCUGGAUAUCACGUGUUUAACAACAAAGACAGAAACCGAAGGCAGGUUACUGAACUGUUCGAGAAGAUAGACAGACUGGUGGAGAGGAACGGAGGAGAACAUUACACCAAUGAACUGUACCAGGAAGCUCAGAGAAAAGCGGACAAAGAGCAGGAGAGAAAGAAAGAGAAAGAAUCCAGAAAGUGUGAAAAACAGAGAAAGACGGAAGAGCAGAGAGACAGAGAGGAGGAACUGAGAAACCUGGAGAAAGAACUGAGAAACCGCGAGGAGCAGGUGAAGAACAGAGAAGAACAACUGAGACAGAAAGAGGAAGAGCAGAGAAAAAGAGAGGAAGAACAGAAACUGAAAAGGAUAAGUGCAGAAACGAGAGCAAAGGAGUUAGUCAGGAACAUGUCUAUGAGGAGAAAAGCUGCUUUAGCAGCCCUCAUUGCAAAUAUGAAAGAUUAAGAUAAAACCCAUAAUGCGAUAAAUAAACAGAAAACUACAUUUACACCCUUAGAAUGUAAGUUAUAUAAUUUACUAUAUGUCCAUUUAAUUUUUGUUAUUGACUAUUUCUGAGUGAAGGAUGUUGAUUCAUUUAACUGUGAAAUAACUGCAACUGUUCUGUGUCAUCUGAACAAAAUGGUGCUGAAGGUCAUAUGGUUGAUUUUUGGACUGCAGUUGCUGCUGAAAUCCACGUGGGGGCACCAUAACUACAUUAUAACUGGUGGAAUAAUGCCACUCCUCAUGUACUGUUAAAAAAGUUAAAAUAACAAAUGCCAUGUGAUUCUACUAUGCUUGAUAUAAAAAUAAAAAUAAAUAACCUUUGCAUUAUUUAAUCAAGUUACAAACCAAAAUUGUUCUAUUUGAAAUACUUCAUGUUCUUUUACUAUUAGUGAUUUUGUAGCCUAAUCGAGAUGAAUUGUACGAAACGCUCAAAUAACAGAUUUUUGUUGUUGAAGAAUCUCCAAAUAUCCAGUGUUGAUUCAGGGAACGUUAAAAAUAUCCAUUUUUAUGUUACAAUUUUAAAAUUCAAAUCCACCAUUCCACCUUUAAAGUAGCAUUAUGUCCAGUUCCCAGCAUGCUUUGCACAGGGAGUACAUUUGCAAAUGACUGUUGUUUUUCAAUAAAGAGAAAGACUUGCUAAUGUUUGAUGUUUAUUUAUGU